AGAGUGGAGGUGGAUGCAGGGUGGAUGUCCGGAAGGGGUGAAGCUAGAGCCAGCAGCGCCAACCCCUUCCUGGCCUGGCAUGACCAGAAUGACAGUUGCAGAGGAAGGGGCAUGCCUCCAGCAGCGCAGCAGCAGCAACAGAAAGUGCUGCAACAGCAGCUGGACAUCCAGCAGCAGGCUGCGCACCAGAGCACGCAGCACAGGCUAGGCUUCGUACCGCCCCCACCCCCGAGGAACAUACCGGAGUGGGAACUGGAGUUAUUAGAACCAUGGAACGGUGAUCGAUCUGUAAGAGUAUUAUAUUCUGGAAUGAGUUCCUGUGAGAGGAUAUCAUCACAACACUACUACACCAGACCAACUAAUUACAGCGUAAGGCUUCCACCGGGGGCGGAGACUGCAGGUGUUCCUCAAGAUAACAUCUUAGGUUCUAUCCUUACAGCGCAUAUUCUCCAACCCACCUUGAUCACUCAUCACCACGCAUGCCACUGA